AUGGCACGAGACUUGCCCACGGAGGUUGACACCCUCAUUAUUGGAAAUGGUCCCUCCGCAUUAAUCUUGUCCUACAUCCUCCACGGCCAUAUACCAUUCUACAAUGUCGAUAGUCCUCACCCAGACAGCAUCUUGCACGAGAAACUUAAGAAGAGUCCGUCUCUGAUCGAGCUCGACGUCGACUACCUGACGGAGCACUUUCUGGCGUCCAGGUACUCAUACUCCACCCAAGCACUGCCUGUCAAUGUGCUCCUCGAUGCAUUGAUACGACCGUACGGCGAGACCGAGGGCACUGCUACAUGCGUAAAAUGGACUUACGAUCCAGCAAGGGCCGUGUCUCAUGUCAUCGUUGGGAAUACGAAAGAGGCCGGCGGCCAGUGGGUCGACAACCCCGUCGAGGCCAGCUGGGACAUUGGUGCCCUGAGCUAUGCAGGAAUGCUUUCGCUACCAGGAUAUACGUUUGCCCAGCAUUACGAAAGUCGGCAUGGCCAGCCCUUGCCUUUCUAUAUGCGACCAACUCGACGUGAGGUCGCCAGCUAUUUCGCCGCCUAUCCUCAGCAAGUAAGCAUUUCUGAUACCGUAUACAAUGGUAUUGAGCUGUCUGCAAUUGUGCGAGAAGGCAGUGGAUUUUACGUCGCCUCCCACGAUAUGCGCUGCCAGCGCGUUGUCCUUGCAACAGGUAUCUUCUCCGAAAUGAUACCGCCACGACCGCUUCUUCAGCCCCUCAAGGCACUUCCAUCAUUACCAACGACCCCGACAGAGCUACCUCUUCUGGUAAUCGGUUCCGGUUUCAGCGCUGCAGAUGUUAUAAUUUCCUCGAAUCCGGCGCAGAAGCUCAUUCAUAUCUUCAAGUGGGAUCCUUCCAACCAUCCUUCGCCCUUACGAGCUUGUCACUCGCACUCGUAUCCAGAGUACGCCGGUGUGUACAAGCGCAUGAAGCUCGCCGCAUUGUCUUCAAGUACUUCAAGGGACAAGCGUCCAAAAGUUUCUCGAUCAAAAUCGUCCACGUUUGACCUCAAUCGCAACUGGGACUUGACCUACGAGGGUAUGCCGAACACCGAAAUUGUAUCCGUCGAGAUGCGAGACGACGACAAAACCACAAUAUUGUCACUUCGCAAUAAUGUUGGCGAGAUCUUCGAACGACAGGUGGCGGCACUUGCAUACGUGGUCGGGAGGCGUGGCACUAUGCGCUACCUUUCAAACAACCUGAAGGAUGAGCUACUGCCUGGCUCUUCCUCCCGAGAUUCGGAUCUCGUUUCAGGCUCCACCUUUCGCGAAAAGGCGCACGAGGACAUGGAAGUUGCCAAAGACGUUUUCAUCAUUGGCAGCUUGACUGGAGAUUCCCUUAUUCGUUUCUCUUACGGAAGCUGUGCUUACACAGCUGGUAAAAUCAUGAAAAGGAGUAAGGACGAUCAAAUCGAGCUUGAGUCGAGCAGCAGCGAUGUCAUGAGCAAGCGCUCAUCAAGAGGCAGCCCGCUCAUUCCCCCCAUGAAUGGAUUAGACGGCCAUGGCUCCCCGCUCGUCAAGCCCAUGACUUACGAGACCGAUAUUCCAUGA